CUGAUAUGUAGUAGCUAUACAUUGAUCCGAUUCACCCUCGCGCUCUGGUAGUCUCUCUCAAGUCUCUCAUUACCCAUUCCUCCCAUGACCUCCCACACUUUCCUCCUGAAUUUCUUCCACCUCAUUCAUUACUACCAACCUGUUCCGUUCUCCCACGUUCUUUCCAUUUCUGCCAGUGCCCGCCUCUCAUUAUCGAAUGAUUGUCUAGUUAUAUUUCCUGCCAUCUCUCCACUCUCCUCCAACGUUCUUUGGAACCCCAAACACCACACCUUGAGUGACACAAACCUCGAGGCAUCAUCACCGGUCGGGAGAAUGAAUCAUUUCGCCGAAACUGACGAUCAAAUCGGACGUACUUGACAGUCAGCCAUGUCGGCGGUUAGUAAUUCCAGCAAGGCAAACAACAAUUCAGGGCCAGCGCCGGUCGUCCCACAAAAGAGAAAGCGGCAUAAGCAGGAGUCGCCCUGUACAGAGCCGGAAGGCGAGCGGUGCUCGUCUUGCCAGCGGAAUGUCGAUUUGGCGCCAGUGGUCGGAGAACAUAUAAAGGUCUUCACCCAGCACACCGUCUUCCAUGAACCAUUCUUGAUCGAUUUCCCCUCACUGAAGGAUCUGAAGCACUGCGCCGAUGCCAUGAUCAGAGACGACUCAUUUGGCCCUGCUCGCCUAGGUCUGGCCCUGGGCCGAUGCAAGUUGGCGGUGGCUGAAUUGGAUGAGAUAGUCUCAUCUGGCAAUUUUCUAAGGCAUCACAUUACAAAUGACGGCAUACCUGAGCUUUCAUACGCCACGUGUCCCAAUUUCUUGCGGACGUGCCAGAUACUCAGGGUCAACCGUUUGGUGUGGGAUUUCGUCGAAAAGCAAAAAACUCACGACCGGUUUGAAAUCCGCAAUGCCGCCGAGUCUCUCGCCCCAAAAUUGGCGGCCAACCUGAUGCCAUUUCAGAAAGUGCUAGGGGUUACGCUGGCUCUUCUAGGAGUGUUGGAAGUUGCUACCGACAUCCAUGAGUAUUAGUAAUUCCCGAAAGGUGGCGAUGGCGACCAUUCUCUGCGCCGUGGCUGCGGUAAGGAAACUGUACCAAAUCGACUAGCACGCAGCUG